UAGUGCCGCCCUGGUUGCGUGGAUGUUUCGAUUUGAGUUGAAUUUUAAUUAAUUUUCGCCGGUUAUCACUGAAAUGGCCCCGCCAAAGGCCGCCAGCCACCGUCCGGCGGUGCGGCGCAAGAAGUCCGGCAAUUUCGUGGACUCCAUCCUGGACAAGUACCUCAAUGUGCGGUUCUUCAAGUACCUCAUCUUGGAGCCGGCCGCUUUGCCCAUAGUUGGACUUUUUGUGCUUCUUGCGGAGGCCGUCAUCAACGUGGUGGUCAUCCAAAGGGUUCCCUACACGGAGAUCGACUGGGUGGCUUACAUGCAGGAGUGCGAGGGCUUCCUCAACGGCACCACCAACUACGCCCUGCUCCGCGGUGACACCGGUCCCCUUGUGUAUCCGGCUGCCUUCGUCUACAUCUACUCGGCUCUUUACUAUGUGACUUCCCACGGAACGAAUGUGCGCCUGGCGCAGUACAUCUUCGCCGGGAUCUACCUGCUCCAGCUGGCCCUGGUGCUGCGGCUGUACUCGAAGAGCCGCAAGGUUCCACCGUACGUGCUGGUGCUCAGUGCCUUCACCUCGUACCGCAUCCACUCGAUCUAUGUGCUGCGACUCUUCAACGAUCCCGUGGCGGUGCUCCUGCUCUACGCCUCCCUCAAUCUCUUCCUGGAUCGUCGAUGGACCCUGGGCAGCACCUUCUUCAGCUUGGCGGUGGGCGUUAAGAUGAACAUCCUCCUCUUUGCUCCUGCUCUUUUCCUAUUCUAUCUGGCUAAUUUGGGUCUCCUGAAAACGAUCCUCCAGUUGGCCAUCUGUGGAGUGAUACAAGUGCUGCUGGGAGCUCCUUUCCUGCUCACCUAUCCUGUGGAAUAUCUCCGAGGAAGCUUCGAUUUGGGCCGCAUCUUCGAGCACAAGUGGACGGUUAACUAUCGGUUUCUGACCAGGGAGAUCUUCGAGGAUCGCUCCUUCCACCUGUCGCUAUUGGGACUGCAUUUACUGCUCCUUUUGGCCUUUGCCAAACCCACCUGGACCUUUUUCCAGAGCUAUGUGCGCCUGCGCCGCGUUGAGGAUCAGUUGCAGCCGCAAAUAGCGCAGCAGAAUCGUGAGAUGAAGGCGCAGAAAAAGUUGAAAAAGGCGGAAAAGGACAAGGAUCAGAAGAAGUUUACGGCCGAACAACAAUCCUUCCUGAAAGCCUUCGAAAAGAGCCUGCAGAAGGCAUCCGGAGGGAAGGGAACACCAGGUUCUGCCCAGUCGGAACCGGAGCGCUAUGGCAUCCACUUCGAUCGCUGCACCCAGUUGGCCCUGCUCCCAUUCUUCGUGUGCAACCUGGUGGGCGUGGCCUGCUCCCGAUCCUUGCACUACCAGUUCUAUGUGUGGUACUUCCAUUCGCUACCCUAUUUGGCCUGGUCCACGCCUUACUCAUUGGGAGUGCGAUGCCUCAUCUUGGGACUCAUCGAGUACUGCUGGAACACCUAUCCAAGCACAAAUCUAUCCAGUGCCGCCCUUCACUUCACCCACAUCCUGUUACUUGCGGGUGUGGCCAAGCAACUCAUCCAGACGAUGCGACUGAAUAGUGCGGUCAAAAAGGACCAACAGGAGCAGCAGAAGAAGGUUCAGUAGGAGGAGGAACUUACUAGCCACGAGUGCCACUUAAAAAUGUUUUGAUUAUGCCAAAUAAAAAAAAAGUGUAUUAAAAA